AUGCCCACUUCAUCUCGGCCUGCAACCCCACUGAGGCAGCUGCCACAGCCCCAAGUUAGCCAGCAGAAAGUUUUUGACUACCCAGUUGAUGCAAAUGGUCAGGUUGACCUUGGAUUUGGGGUGUCUGUAAAUGCUUCAAAUUUACAGUAUGUGAGCAGAGUAGAUUUAAGGAAAACUACAUAUACCAUAUGUGAAGCAGUGUUUUCCAGAAAUGAGCUGGCCAAUUGUAGUGUAACGGGGAAGAAGUCCAAUGCCUUCAAGGAUCAAACUGAAAGACCCAUGUUGGAUGAAAACAAAGUUUCUGCUGUCAUACGUGAUCGCUGGUCCAGUCAGCAGGGUGGAAGUCCACAGGUACCUGAGGGAGACGGAUCGUGGAGUAACACCGUCACAUUCGGCACUGCAGAAGCUGCAACCAGUGAUGACUUCAAGAAUCCUGGGUAUUAUGACAUCGCAGCGGAAGACGUGGCAGUGUGGCACGUUCCAAAUAACGAGCGAGUGGAUCAUUGGAAACCAACAUCAUUCCUGCGCUACCACACGGAGAACAGAUUCCUCAAGAACUACGGAGGAAACUUCUACAAUCUCUUCAAGCGAUUCACAGUGAAGUACAAUGUCAGAAGCUGUCCUGCUAACCACGGCCCCGCUGUUCCUGUAGUGUACGAUGUUGGAGACACCAAAUCCAACCUUAACCUGUACGGACCCCUCAGCAGAGGGUAUUCUGAACCUGGAUUCAUCACAUUCCGAGCGAUAAACACGGAAAGGGCAGCGACGGCAAUCUGCUCAGGACUCAAACCCAAAGCCUGCCACACUGAACACUUCUGUAUUGAAGAAGGUGGAUAUUUUCCUGAAGAGUCUCCGAGGCAGUGUGGAGAUUUCACUGCUUUCGACUGGGUCGGUUACGGCACUCACACAGGCUCAAGCGCCAGUAAGCAGGUGACCGAGGCGGCGGUGCUCAUCUUCUACCGCUGAGAGAGAACGUUGCAGAACCAACAGCACACAAUACACACAUCAGUAUAGCCUUAAUUACUGCAUGACUGGGUGUGCAAAAGAUUUAUAAAGUUAAUUCCCAUAGAA